AUGGUUCUUAAUCAUAGCUUACGACCUAUGAUUAAGAAUCAUUCAUGGUUUAAAAAGCUCUGCCAGGAGGCAGUAUGGGAAGCCUUCCGGAUCUUCAUGGAUCGAAUUCCUCAAACUACAGAAUACCAGAACUGGGUUGAUGCAUGUCAACAAGAAUCUUUUUGCCUAUUUGACAUUGGAAAGAACUUUAGCAGCUCUCAAGAACAUCUGGAUAUUAUUCAACAGAGAGUUAAAGACAAGAGAAUCCCUGAAAAGAAGGAUGAGAUGUCUACAGAAGCUACUUUCUCUCCAGUAGUAAUUGAGGACCCUCUUGUGUCUAUAACUGAUUUCCCUCAGUCUGAACCGGCUUUCUUUGUUACCACAAAUGACACUCCUUUGAAUGAAAUUCUAAAUGAGUCAAAGCCUUUGUUACAGGAAACAGAAGUCACCAACUUAGUACCAGAGCAACCAAAACAGCAGAUUGUGGAGUUCACAGUUACCCUCAACAACCAAGAAUUUACAACUGAGCUUAGUGAUCCAAAUUCCCCUCAGUACCAAGAGCUUGCUACAAAUUUUCAGCUUCAGAUGCAAAAGGUGUUUGAAAAUCUUCCAGGGUUUAAGGAAAUACAGGUUCUACGCUUUAGACAGAAGAAGGAAAAAGAUGGAUCUGAUAGCAUUGUAGUGCGCUAUGCUGUGGUCUUUGAAAGAGGCAGCUCUGAAUCUAAAAAUAAAAUUGAUGAGACACCUACUAUCGCAUCUAACAAAGUUGAGAAUGGUAACAAUGAAGAGGCAAGAGAAAUGUCAUACACUGUGAUAGAACUACAGCAGAUGGUUGCCAUGGCAUUGCAUGAUGAUCGAUCUCUGGCGGUGGACCUACAAACUCUCAUGUUUUCAGAUGACCCAGAUAUACCUUUAGAUCAAGUUGAAAGUGACACUCGUCCUCCAGUCACAGUGGUAACAUCCAAAAUGAAGACUAAUUCGGAUAACAUUUUAAUUCCUGAAGUUCCAGCUGGUAAUCCCACUGCAAAAAUCGAGCUACAGCCCACAAACUACCGCAUCACUGCAACUACAUUCCCACUAGACAAAGAGACAAUUGCAAAUGAGAUUGCAGCAGAGGCCCAUACUGAAUUUAUGAGAAGUACAUAUAGGACUUCUUAUGCAGAAGAAUAUGAGGCAUCAACUACUUCAUUCCAGCAUGAAGUGAAUGUCGAUCUUCAAACACAAUCAUUGGAGGAGUUAAUUAAAAACAUUAAUAAUAAUGUCAACAAAGGUUUUACCGUGCCUUUAGAUACUCCAUAUGCCAAUGCUAAAGUAGGUCAAAAUGAACUAGAAGCAAUGCUAGAAAAUAAUGUCAUAGAUACAUCAAGUUUCAUUAAUAGACAAUCUCUUUGA